AUGGCUCCACGACGUCCCCAACGCCGGCGUUCUCCAACUGCUGCCACGGCUCUCGGCUUGUCCUCGCUCAUCCUCCCCACCUUCUGCCUCGUCCGCUUCACCGCGCGCACAGGCUAUGUAUCUGCCAUCCUCUAUACCUGUGUGAUGAGCGUCGCUACGUUCCUUCUCUACGGCUACGAUAAGAUGCAAGCACGCAAUCUCGAAUGGCGGGUCAAGGAAGCUACACUCCAUACCAUGGCACUGCUAGGAGGGUGGCCGGGCGCGUUAGUCGGGCAACUCUACUUUCAACAUAAAACUAAGAAGACAAGCUUUCAAUUGGUCUUCUGGGGAAUUAUGUUGGGGUGGCAGUUCGUGUGGUGGGUGUUGUGGAACGAAGGGAUUGAGGGGAGGAAGACGUUGGCGAAAAUGUUAGGAAAUAUCGAAAGGGAACAAGCGAGAGGAAUUGAGAGAGGACAAAAAAUACGGAGCUAA